AGGCGCCGCUCAGCUUCCGCCUGGCGUUGCCAAGGAAACCGCGCGGGGACCCCAAAAUCGCCUCAAACCGCCCCAAAAACCCGCGCGGGACCCCCCGGGGAGCCCCGAGCGCCCCCCCCGCCGCCCCCCCCGUGUCCCCGCCAUGCUGACGCUGCCGCCCGGCCUGAGCGAGGAGGAGGAGGCGCUGCAGAAGCGAUUCGCCAAGCUGAGGAAGAAAAAAAAGGCGCUGCUGGCGCUGAAGAAGCAGCAGAGCUCGGGGGGGGGCAGCGCCCAGGGGGGCAUCAAACGCUCCAUGUCGGACCAGCCCCCCCUGGACACGGCCACGGCCACCGAGCAGGCCAAGCUCCUGGUCAAGUCGGGCGCCAUCAGCGCCAUCAAGGCCGAGAACAAGAACUCGGGCUUCAAACGCUCGCGCACCCUCGAGGGCAAGCUCAAGGACCCCGAGAAGGGCCCCACCCCCACCUUCCAGCCCUUCCAGCGCAGCGUCUCGGCCGACGACGACUCCCAGGAGUCACGCCGCCCCCAGAGGAAAUCUCUGUAUGAGAGUUUCGUCAGUGCCAGUGAGCGGCUGCGGGAGCCCGAGGGGGGGGCGCGGGGGGAGCCCCCCGGGCGGGGGGAGCGGCGCCUGGACUGGGACCCCGAGCCCGAGGCCGAGGAGCGGCGGGAGCGCGACGGCGCCUUCCGGAGGUCGGACUCGUUCCCCGAGCGCCGCCCCCCCCGCAAGGGGAACACUCUGUACGUGCACGGGGCCGAGCUGAGCCCGGAGCUGCUGCGAGGAGCCUUCGGCCCCUUCGGCGCCAUCAUCGACCUCUCCAUGGACACGCCCCGCAACUGUGCCUUUGUCACCUUCGAGAAGAUGGAAUCGGCCGACCAGGCCAUGGCCGAGCUGAACGGGGCCGUGGUCCAGGACGUGCAGCUCAAGGUCAGCAUCGCCCGCAAGCAGCCGCUGCUGGACGCGGCCACCGGCAAAUCCCUCUGGGGGUCCCUGGCGGUGAAGAACAGUGCCAAGGGCUCGCACCGGGACAAGCGCUCGCAGGUGGUUUACAACGAGGACCUGUUCGGGGGGCAGUAAAGGACGGACGGACGGACACACGGACACUGUCAUGGAUCUGUUCAGGGGGGGGCAAUAAAGGACAG